CCAAUGAUGGGGCACGCUUCCUCGCUCUGACACCAAUGAUGGGGCACUAUUCCUCCCACUGACACCAAUGAUGGGGCACUAUUCCUCCCAUUGACACCAAUGAUGUGCCCCACCAUUGGUGUCAGUGGGAGGAAUAGUGCCCCACCAUUGGUGUCAGUGGGAGGAAUAGUUCCCCAUCAUUGGUGUCAGAGCAACGAAUCGUGCCCCAUCAUUGGUGUCAGUGGGAGGAAUAGCGCCCCAUCAUUGGUGUCAGUGGGAAAAAUCGUGCCCCAUCAUUGGUGUAAUGGGAGGAAUAAUGCCCCAUCAUUAGUAUCAGUGACACCAAUGAUGGGGCACUAUUCCUCCCACUGACACCAAUGA